CCAUAUUCCUGGGCCAAAACCGCAUCUUGGCCAAGCGGUUUCAGGUCUGACCUACACAAACCGCUUGGCCGAGGUGCGGUUAUGGCCCAGUCUACCAAAACCGCACCUUGGAGAUGCGGUUUGUUUCUCCAAAGCAAAACCGCACCCCCAAGUGCGGUUUGUGUAUCAAUUAUUUUCCGACACCAAACAAGCAGUCAUGCAGAUUCACAUACGUGGGGCUGCAUGGCAGAUGAAAAACGCACCUCUAAGGUGCGGUUUUCAUUGAUGAUUUUGCCUAUAAAAGGCAGCCGAGAAAUCUUCUUCUCUUCACACCUCUCCUUCUCCCUUUUCAAUUUUCUAUUGUAGCUCCAUAUUUCUCUAGUGUUUUUGCGGUUAACGUUAACUCGUAAGUUUUUUUUAUUACUUUUUAUUGUGAAUUGUGAUUUUACUAUUUUUAUGAUAUUAGUUGAACUACUGUUUUUUUUUUUUUUUUUUUUGCAGAUGGCAUUCCAAAAGUUCACACUUGGGUUACGGUGGAAUGGUUACACAGAAGAGAGCGGAAAGGGGGUCACCUACGUCGUUGGCAAUUUUCAGAAAAUAAAGGUCGCUACCAGACCGAUGCUUGAAGACCUCUAUCAAAUGUGUACUAACGUUACUUGCAUGGAUGGCACGAGAAGAGUUGAUCGUAUGGUGUACCAAUAUCCAAACAGAGAAGGUGGGUCGUUGUGGCACGAGGAAUAUCUCAUAACCACUCAGGAUGAGGUAGAUGCCAUGCUCGAAUUCUUGAGGUCCAACAAACUUUCCAAAGCCGAGAUGUUCAUUUACACCGAGCCGGUCGUAGGUGUUGGAGGUCAUUCUGGAGACGGUCAAACAUCUAGUAUCCAUGGUGGAGGUGAUGAGUAUGGAGAUCAUCCCUACCAAAGUUACCAUGAUCCUCAUUCCUAUUUUCAGUACCAAGAGCAAGGUGAAGGUCAUCAUCAAUCUUACCCGUCAUAUGAAGAAGAAGUUCAACCGGACCAUGCCAACCAACCCCAGUACAACUUCCACUCAAGCAGUGGUAGUUUUCACAACUACCAUUAUGGAGCUGAUAAAGGUGCCUUUCAUGAGCUGGAUCAGAUGGAAGAUGCCAUGUCAGCACCAGUCAGUGACCCCUCCGAUGAAGAAGGAGAGAACAAUGUCAGUGCAGACAACUCCGACCCUCUUGAAGGUGCUGAUGAUUCAGGACCAGAGUCAGACUCAGAUAAUGAUGAUGAGGUGGCUCAUGACCGUGUACCAGUCUUCUACUACAAUCACAAUCCAGACGACAAUUGGUUGGUCGACAACAAGGUUGUCAAACCGGAUUGUGCCAGUGUGCCGGUUUAGCAAGUGGAAUGGUUCGACCGGUGGUACAUACCGGUUUGUGCCGGUUCAUGCCGAUUAAUAUUACAAAUAAUUUACAAAUACUCAUAUUUAAGCAUGACAUUUAACGUCAAUACCUAAAUAUUUGUACUUGAAUCCAACAAAUAACAUCAACAUUUAACUUUUUAACACAUAAAAUAAAUAAUAAAUUACUUUUUAUCAAAUAAAUUCACUAAUAUAAGAUCAUUUUACUUAGAGAUUCGUAUAUCGAUCAUGCCGGUCAUACCGGUGGUGUCAUACCGGUUUUAUGACCGGUACAGGUUGAACCAGGUUCAACCAGUGGCACGCCGGCCGGCAUGACAACCAUGGUCGACAACGAUAUGGAACCGCCGGAGGUUCCAAUAUGGGGUCCACUCACUGGGUUUAUGAAGGGCCAACAAUUUGGCUCGAAGAAGGAGGUGCGGUUUCUACCAAAAAAAAAAGAAGGAGGUGUGGCACGCCAUUGAUACUGAAGCAAUGACUCGGCAUUUUGAAUGACACACAACUCAUUCCAACACGAAAAGGCUCAUAGUCCCCGAUCCAUGGCGCGAAUUGCUCUGCUGGCGCGCGGUCCGCCCUCCGAUCGCUCCUCCAUCCAACGGUCUUGAAGACCGCUUCGCAGAGAAAGCACACCGCACCUUUCUAGUGCGGUUCGCGUGCUGACGUGGCCUGGAACACACCCCUAAAGUGCGGUUUAUAUAUAAAACGCACCUGUGGGGUGCGGUUUCUAUCUCAACAUUCCUAAGUUUACGAGUCAUUUUGUUCACCCCUAGUAGGUAGGGGUGAACAAACACACCCGCAAACCGACCCACCCGUCCAACCCGACCCAACCCACCCGUAUUUAUCGCUAAAACGAAGGUUUUGGGUUGGGUGAAGGUUUUCUUUUGUACAACCCGCCUCUUUUGGGUUGGGUUUGGAUUUUGGAUUACACAACCCGUAGAACCCGACCCAACCCGUGUUCCAAUUGUUAGUAUGAGUUCGUAUCUAAAAAAUAUUUAUGUCGUAUAUAGCAAUACUUAUGAGAAAAUUAAGAUAUUUCGCCAUGUUUUUCUAUCAUGGUCUCCCUAAUCUAAUGCAUUCUUCGACUUAAAGUUUAGACAUAAAUUGAGUAUAGUUAUGAUUCACGUAAUCCUUUUUCUUGUGUACAAUUUUAAUAGAAUAACAUAUUAUGGAUGCGUUUGUUAAAAACCUUUUUAGCCUAUUUCAACAAAUAUCGUGAAAAAAACUAGACAUAUGUUGAAGUAAAUCACAUUUUAUUAAAAUUCAAACAACAUUUUUGAAUUUUGAUAGCUUUCACCUCGGUUUAUUCAUUUGAAAUUUUAAUUAGUUAUAAAAUAUUUUUAUGAUGUAUAAUAAUUAUAUAUUUUUAUGUUGGGUUGGGUUUUUACUUAAAAAUAUCGCCAACCCGACCCAACCCAAUUAGAAACAAACCGUAGGGUUUUAAUUUUUUUGGGUGGGUUUGGGUUUGAUAAUUUCUAAACCGUAGUACAUGGGUCGGGUGAUUAAAAUGGUUAAACCCGAACCACCCGACCCAUGUACACCCCUACUAGUAGGGUGUUCUUCUGGACUGUUGUUUCUUUCUUCACAUUCCUAAGGGGGAAAAAACAUCGAUACUAACACAGGGCCUAAAGAAGCAAAGAAAUGUCUAAAGAAGCAACGAAACGCUUCUCUAUUCCUAAUUUUGUCAACUUUCAUGAUUUAUCCAAUAUUGGGCAACUAAAUAAGUUUUGUUUUCUAUUUUUACCCUAUUAUUACAUCUCUAGUACAACCACACAUCAACAAAAUUAUACUAAACAGAGAUGGAUGUGGAAGGAAUAGAAAAAACGCACAAAUUAAGUAAAUGCUUAUAUGAUCUCAUAUGUGUUCGAAAGGGGCCUCAAUUCCAGCUAAUUAGUCCUCUUUAAUGACGAAAUGGUCCUAAAUCUUAAUCUAAUCACCACAAAAAAGGAGAAAAUGAAAUGUUUUUAUGUAU